UUAAAGGAGCCUUCGUCUUUCGCUUCUUCUCUAAAAACCCACUCAUUUCCACUUCAGCUUCAGCUUAAUCUCCAGAUCGUAUCGAUCCUUACAAAGUUUCUGGCUUUCGUAUUGAUCUGUGGCUGCAACUUAUUUCUAGGGCUUGCUCGGCAUGUGCAGCGGCUCAAAGAGCAAACUUUUCUCUCCGGAAACCCUAACGGAAGGUGAACUCAGGAGGCAGAAAGAACAAGCCAUGUCGGGAUUGCUCGAAUUCGCUGCCUGCGAUGAUCUUACAGCCUUCAGGAGGGAGGUCGAAGAGAAGGGGCUUGGCGUGGACGAGUCAGGCUUCUGGUAUUGCAGAAGGGUCGGGUCCAAUAAGAUGGGGUUCGAAGAGAGGACCCCUCUCAUGGUUGCCGCCAUGUAUGGCAGUACUGAGAUUCUGAAGUAUAUAAUCUCCACAGGCAAAGCCGAUGUGAACAGAGUUUGCGGCCAAGAGAGGGUCACUGCCCUUCACUGUGCUGUUGCUGGCUGCGCCUGGUCAGUGGUUGAGGUCAUCAAGAUCUUGCUCGAUGCCUCUGCUGUCUCCAACUGCGUUGAUGCUAAUGGGAACAAGCCCUCGGACCUGGUCGCUCUUUUUUCGAGGUUCGUGACCACACCGAAACGAAAAGCUGUGGAAUUGUUGCUGAGAGGCGGUGUCGGGUCGGCUAGUUUGGUUGAUUAUGUCCUUAGCCAGGAGAAAGAUGGGGAAGACUCCAAGAGUUUGGCUACUCCGACGACAAAAUAUCCGGCCGAUGCGUCUCUUCCGGACAUCAACCAAGGGAUAUACGGAACAGAUGAGUUCAGGAUGUACAGUUUCAAGGUUAAGCCUUGCUCCAGGGCUUACUCCCAUGAUUGGACCGAGUGCCCGUUUGUUCACCCGGGCGAGAACGCGAGGAGACGGGACCCGAGGAAGUAUCCUUACACAUGUGUUCCCUGUCCCGAGUUUCGUAAAGGGUCAUGUCCCAAGGGAGAUUCCUGUGAGUACGCGCAUGGUGUUUUUGAGUCAUGGCUUCACCCGGCACAGUACAAAACUAGGCUUUGCAAGGACGAAACGGGUUGUGCCCGUAAAGUUUGCUUCUUUGCCCACAAACCCGAGGAGUUACGGCCCGUUAACGCGUCCACCGGUUCGGCCAUGUUUUCACCGAGGUCUAACUGUUCUCAGACUCCGGUUAGCAGCAUGGAUAUGUCGGUUAUGUCUCCGCUGACCCUCGGUUCAUCAUCAGCUCUGUCAUAUUCCUCGAGUGUUUCUACGCCACCGAUUUCUCCACUGAACUGCAAUGGGGGCUCUUUGUCUCCAAGAAACGGAGGGUUAUGGCAGAACAGAGUUAACAACCUUAAUGUAAACGUUACUCCUCCAGCUUUGCAGCUUCCGAGUAGCCGAUUGAAAUCCGCUUUGAAUGCCCGUGAUUUCGAUAUCGAGAUGGAAUUGAGGCUUCUCGGUUUGGAUAACCAGAAUGGCCAAAUGGGUUUUGGGUCAUUCGAUUCUUUCUCUUCCUCCAUGGCUUCUCCACGGCAACAGAGCUUAUCCUCUUCAACUCUAUCACAGUUGCAAUCUCCAAGCCGGAUUUCUCAGAUCAGCCAAAACAUGAGCUACCACCCAUCUUCACCUGCGAGAAAAUCUCAACAACCCGCUCCAGGAUUCGACACGUCGGCAGCUGUGGCAGCCGCGGUGAUGAACUCGAGAUCCUCGGCCUUUGCAAAACGCAGCAUGAGCUUCAAACCGACCGCUCCCUCGUCAAAUCUCUCUGACUGGGGCUCCCCGAAUGGAAAGCUCGAGUGGGGAAUGCAGGUCGGAGACGAGCUGAACAAGCUGAGACGGAGCGUCUCCUUUGGCAUCCGAGGGAACAGCCCCUCGGUCCACAUGCCGGCCACCGCGAGGGACUACAGUGACGAGCCAGACGUCUCGUGGGUAAACUCUCUUGUGAAAGACAGCGCGGUGGACGGAGCCAGGCAGCUGGAUGGGCAGCCGAGGAGCGACUCGGUGGCGUGGGAGAAGGUUCCGUCAUGGGCGGAGCAAAUGUACAGAGAGCAUGAACAGAUCGUGGCUUAGGGCAAAAGCCGCUGGUUUUUGCUCGGCCAUUUCUCUAACAGAUUUGGCAAAAUUAUAUUCUUUGAUUUGUCUUAAGCUAGUUGUUUAAUAUAUGGUUUCUAGUUUAUUGACGCCGGAGAAAGAAGGAAAAUGGAUCAAAUAACUUAGUUUUCUGUAUUCUUUGCUUCUUCUUUUUUCUGUUCUUUUCAGUUCUGUGACUUUCUUAAACGAUGUAAUGUGAAAAGCGAAUAAUUGAUAUAUAUUAAGAUAAGUUGGAUCCA